AUGGCAAGUGCAAGCGAUUUAAAUAUUAACAAAGAAACUUCUACAAAUGAAGAAGGAAAAACAACGAUAGAAGAAACAAAAGAAAAAUCGCCAACUAAAAUUAAUACAAAAAAUGAAGAAGAAACAGCUGUUGUUAUUUCUUCUGGAGAAGCAAAUGUAUCAAAAGAAGACAAACAAAAGAAUAUUGAAAAGACCGAAAAUGAUGAUGAAAGAGAAAAACAUGAUGCUUCAUCUAAAUCAGAAAGUGAAAUGAAAGAAAAUGAACUUGAUGCGCCGCCACUUUUUGAACAACCAAUUAUUCUUAAUGGAAAACGUUCAAGAAAACCAACAUUACGCCUCGAAAUAUCUGAAUCAAUACCAACAAAAAAAGAAUUACCUAUUCCUCAGGGCAAUGGUAAACCAUUAGGUGAAAUCGAAUAUAUUAAUUAUCAAAUAACUCAUGGUUCAACUGAUGCUUUAUCUCGAAUGCGUAGUAUUUGUUUUGGUCGACGAGGAAAUAAAGCAAAUAUUCGAAAAAAUCUUCGAGAAUUUAAAGGUUUUGAAUUUCAACGUAAUAGUGAUGAAUAUCAAAAGCAUUUAAAUAAUUUAAUAAAAUUAAAAAAAGAUCAAUUAAAAUCAAUUUCGAAUAUUCUUGGUUUACCAGCAACGGGUCGUAAUACUGAUCAUGCUGAACGAAUUUUAAAUUUUUUAAUGGAACCAAUUGAUGAAGGAAAACGUAUACCAGGAAAAAAAUCAACAAUACGUACUAUGAAAAAACGCAGUACUAAUUCAAAAGAAUCUAUUGAUGAUGAUCAAGAAACAAAAAAUGAAAAAAUUGAAAAUAGUAAAAGUCAACAUGACUUAGAUUAUGUUUAUAAACCUGGAAAAAAAUCGUCAAAUAAACGUGCAUCUAAUCAUCAAAUGCCGACUAAUACUAAACGAAAAAAAAGUGCAUCUGCCAUAUCAGAAUCUAAAGAAAAUCAAGCAACGAAUAAUGUUGCGAAUGAACAUAAAAAUAAAGAUGAAGAAAUAGUAAAGAUAAAUGAAAAUGACAUGACAGAUAGUAAAUUAAUAGAAAAAUCUGAUCAAAAUGAAGCAAAAAUGAACGAUGCAAUCCAAGAUUGCCAAAGCACAUUUUGUCUCAAAUGCCGUUAUCAGUGGCAUCCACAUCAACAUUGUUCUGACUUACUUACGCCAAAUGCAAUGGAAAUUGAAUCAAAUAUAAAACGUUGUCCAAGAUGUCGUUUUCCUUUAGAAUGGACUGCUGGUUGUGCACAAAUAAUGUGUAUUAAUUGUAACCAUAUGUUUUGUUGGUAUUGUUUAAAAUCUUUAGAUAAUGAUUUUUUCCUAUUACAUUACGAACGUGGUCCUUGUCGAAAUCGACUUGGUCAUUCUCGUGCAUCAUUAUUUCUUCAUCGUCUCAUAAUCAUUAGUUUAUUUAUUGUUUUUAUUAUACUUUUUAUUAUAUCUGCACCAUUACUUAUUUUAAUUGCACCUUUUCUUAUUUGUUAUCGAUAUAAACAAAUGAAAAAUUAUUUUAAUUAUUUGACUGAAUGGAGACAAAAUUUUCGACAACAAAAUACAUCAACAAUAGAUCGAUCAUUAUCAUCAGUUAAUAUAGAACAGCAACCAAUUACUCCUUCACUUCCAUCGUUGAACAUCAAUAAAUGUAAUAACUCUGAUCCGAUGUAUGAUAUUUCAUCUGUUUAA